UGCGUCGUGGGUUCUACAUUCGAUUGAGGCGUAGCGAGUCGUUUUGUCUUUGGAUGCGGGUACCUGUCGAGGGGAUGAAGAGGCUACACAGGGCGAACUGCCCCAUCCUCUCAAUGUUCCAUGAAAUAUAAAAUGCAUUAAAAUGCUCACUCGUUUCAAUUCCAGGACAUUUUCUUCGAAUGCAGAAAAAUAAAAAAAAAUUGAAUGAAAAAAUCACGAGGAAGUGGCUUCAUUAAAUUUUCAUUAUAAUGAAAAAUUGAAUUAAAAUUAACUAAUUCUCCCCUCAAUUCCUCAAAGUAGAUUGAACUCUUCAGUGGUUGGCCCUGGGGUAGCUCCGUCCGGGGGGUUACAACAUGACAAAAAGGGUGGAGCUGGUGAGCUAGGAUUGGCUGAUGGUUGGCCACACCCGUAGGCGUUACCUUCAAUAAACACUGGACUAGGGGAAGCCCCAGACUCAGCUACAAGCCAACGAUUCCAGUCACACACGUCAUUUCAGUUCUCAUCGGGACGUGAGGACACACGCACGCGCGUUCUGCUGGUUUUAACAAUUAUAUUACUGCAAUUAUCGCUUUGAGUUAAUCAUAUCAAUGAAUAAUCUACAUAUAUAUUUUUUUCAUUUCUAAAUUUAUCGUCAGAAAGUGUUUUGUCAACAUUAAGUGAACAAAUUCAGUGUUUUCCUAGUAGAGUGAGAGAAACUCUAUUAUUCAGCUUCCAGAGGAGAUAAUUGUGACAAGUGACUGAUUCUAUUGUGAGAUUGAAAACUUAUCGAUCGGAAUCAGCGAUGGUUGUGCUGAGUCGAGCUGGCUCGCCGACUAUGUCAGCAACUGUUGCCGGUAAUCAACAACAGCAGCAUCCGCAUCAGGAAUGGGAUAUCAAUGACUCUAACGUGCCGAGGGUAGCUGAAUACGACACAUGGUCAGAGUGGGCCGAUGGCCACGUGCGUAAAAUUUACGCGCCAGACUGCGAGGAAGCCCGAAGACACGCGUCCGGUUGGGCAAUGCGUAAUACAAACAAUCACAAUGUCAGCAUUCUGAAGAAAUCGUGUCUCGGGGUUCUGGUGUGUUCACAAGGUUGUGUUUUGCCUGGAGGUGGUAGAGUUCACCUAAGACCAGCGAUUUGUGAUAAGGCCCGGAAAAAGCAACAGGGAAAACCAUGUCCUAACAGACAGUGCACGGGGAAGCUGGAGGUGUUGUCGUGUCGGGGUCACUGUGGCUACCCGGUUACACAUUUUUGGCGACAUACAGAACACGCGAUAUUUUUUCAAGCCAAGGGUCAACACGACCAUCCCAGGCCAGAGGCCAAAUCAACAUCCGAGGCGAGACGAAGUGCAGGUGCCGUUCGCCGAGCCAGAGGACUAGUUGCUCUGCUUGCUCGUGACGCAGCACUUGGCUCAAAACUUAUGUCACUUCGCGCUACGAAACGAUCGAACACUGAUCCGCUAGAGCCCCCACCAAGAACAGCGCCACCCCCUCCACUCAUAUCUGACAAAGGAUACUCUUGCUCCUGUCCGCCAUUCGAAUGCGUCUGCGGUUUUCAACCAACCAUCCACCCAUAUCAACCACCGCAGCACCAACCGAACUUCUACCAACAGCAAACUAUUACCACAGAAACGCCAUUCUGGCUUCAAGAACCACAACAGAGUCAUCAGGAAACAACCCUUGGCUAUAAUCUCCCAAAUCAAGUCCCCCAGGAGCCCUCAUAUCCUGACUUCCCAGUAUUCCAGGGUGAGCUUUUUCAGCCAGAGGAGAUAUUUCAGUUGGAUCAGCCUCUCAGACCAGAUUUCCAAAAUAGCCAGGAAGCCGCCAGAUCUCCGCCGAGUCUCCUAGACUUAGGCAGUGGUAUGAUCAAAUACGAAGUAUCAAAACAACCUCAGGAAGCCUACUGGCAUCAACUCUUGAGUGAUGAUUCCAGUAGUAGUCACUUGAGUCUCUCCCAGGCGCCUAAUCAGGACGAAAGGCUCCAAUUCCCAAUUUGUUCAAACGAACCGAUACCCUAUAACUACGAAAAUCGAACCAUCACCUGUGGUAUAAGCAAAAAUCAUCUUGAAAAUUAUGAUAAAGAGCUCGAACCUGCUGUACACCCUAGUCAAAGUCCAAAUAAUGAAAAUAUCCCUGGAUUCACAAAUUUCGAUGAUUAUCACCAACUAAUUGGCACUAGUGUUACAAAAAGCCCUAUCAACGGUGACAGACUCUUCCCCGAAUCCAAUGAUGGGGGACUACAACAUCACUCAAGCCCAGAACCUUAUUUCUACUCCAGUAAUGAUCGCUGUCAUUACACCUGUGACGUUAUUGACACAAGACACAACCAAAUCCAACUACCACUGAAUAAUUCCGCUAAUUAUGAUGUCUCUGACAUAGAAAUACCACAAUUUGUCGAUUACACAUUAGUCGGUAUGUUGUGCAAUUCGGGUGAUGAUAAUUUAGCGAGUAAUAAUGUACUUUUGGCUAACUGUCAGCAAUCGCCGCAGCAGGCGUACGUACAAAAUCAUUAGAAGUUUAUUUGUUUUGACAUUUCUGGUUAUAGUAUGUGUUGAACAUUGUCUUUGUAUUAUAAAAUAAAUAUACUAAUUAGUUGCGAAAUAUUG